GCAUCUUACCUCUAACAACUACUUAAGCUAGAUAUCACAAAACAAAACAAACAAGCAGAAUCAAGCAGCUGUCUGAAUUGGUUCUUACCAACCUUACCGCCUUCUGCUUUGUGCUGGACUCGAGUUACUUCUCUUAUCUCAUGAUAUUUUGCAAGUAGGCUAGUCUACCUCUAAGCAAUAUCUGCGCGUCUCCAGCCCGCGUCAAGAUGAAAUCCUGGUAGCCAACUGUAGAUUGAUUCAUCAAGUAAACUACAUUCUAAUUCACAGAAGAUCCCAAUCAAUCCAGCACAAAUCCCUACUCAAACCAUCGAUUCAACAAGUCGACAUGGCUUACACCGACGAUGCUGUGUUGGCCAAGCUCUCUGCCCUCUCCGAGGCGGCAGACAGCAUUGUGUCCGUAUCCCAGUGGAUCAUGUUUCAUAGACGCCAUGCAGAUCGAACAGUGCAGCUGUGGCUCCAACGACUUAAAGAUUCUACAAGUCACAAGCGAUUGAAUCUCAUCUAUCUUGCCAAUGAGGUCGCACAGCAGACGAAAGCUCGGCAUAGAGAUGAUUUCGUUGUCGCAUUCUCUCCUAUUAUUGCGGAAGCCGUCGCCACCGCUUACAAGGGCGCAUCGGCCGAUAUCCAGCAAAGAAUCAAACGGGUCGUUGACGUCUGGAGAGAACGCGCUGUCUUCGAGACACCAAUCUUAGAAGCGAUAGAAGCUCGCGUCCAAGAAAUCAAUGAGGCCCGCGGUACCGCUAAGGCUGGGCUGGGUGGCUCGAUAUUCGGAUCUGCCUCCGUUCCAACGGAACUAGCCCCCCUGACAACUCCCCAGCAAAACGUGACGAAGCUACUUCUAAGUACAAAGUCCACGGUUAACACAGCCAAUCAAGAAUACGACAAAUUAUUGGGCCCUGGAAGCACUGCGCCUUCUGCCCCUGUGUAUGCUGCCCGCCUAAGCGGAUUGCUCAAGACACUGGCCCAGGCGGAAGGAGCAGUAGACCAAUGUGUGAAGGCUCGCCGGGAGCUUGUUGCAGCUCUGCAGAAAGUCCUAGACAGCAACAGAAAUGCACUAAUAUCUGAGGAAGAUCAGCUGGAGACCUUCGUAAGACGAAGAAUGGAAGUGGAGGAUAAGAAGACUGAGGUCGAGAGAGCAAUUAUGGCAGGACUUCCAGACGACGAGCCUUACUUCAGCAAUGGCCAAAAUGAUCAUCCAGACCCAGAACCUGAUAGACCAGAGGUUGAGGAACUCACACCACCACCUAUGGAACCGGACUUUCCGGGAAACGUCGACAUGACAGACACUACAGGUAGUACCCAAGAAACCACCGACCAACCGCCCACCGUGGAGGAUGCCGACACUCACGCUAAUCUCAGCGUCCAGUAUAAGUCGGUGCCAACUACGAUGAACGGGUCUAAGAAACGCAAGCUCGAUGAUGGCAAUGAUUUUCCCGACUUGGGAGAAGAUGAUGGCAUCGACUCGGACGUGGCCGAGAUACUUCGUAGAGACAGCAGCGGUUCGUAAUCUUAGCAGCCAUGGCUCGAGCUAAUUUUGCACAUGUCCCCCAGAUGAUAGAAGAUGUUGAGCAGAGAGUAGAGACGAAUCAAUGUAUGUUAAUGCCAAUUUUGCAUUCUAGGGUGGCUCUUUUUGGUUUCUAAUGCCAAAAUCACACAAGCUUACUGUUCUUCUCGUUCACCAGGGAUAUACCGUCGUUUUUCUACUUGUGGUAUAGGCGUAUGACUGCAACCCAU